AUGGCCCCUCCUCAGACCAAUGCCAACGGCGUCCUACCCGUCACACUCCUCCAGAAGAACCCCCAAGUCCAGACGUCCCGCGGCCCAAAGGCUGCUCAGCCCCGCCUGAAGCUCAUAUGUCGGCGACUGCCCCCGGGCCUCACCAAGGCCGAGUUUGUGGAGGCCCUGGGCGACGAAUGGAAACUGGGUGCUGGCAAGAUUGAUUGGAUCAACUACAGGAAAGGCAAGAUAUCGACCGAUGCCGCCAAACCGUCCAAGCCAGCGCGUGUAUACAUUCACGUUACGAGACAGGACCAUGUCAAGGCACUCGGCGACCACGUGCGCACAGUCACUUUCCACGAUGCGACCAAAUCAUGGCAGGACCCCGCCCUCGUCGGACCCCCCACGCUCGAGUACGCUCCCUACCCGAAGAUGCCUGGGGGUCGCCGAAGGAACGACAACCGCCAGGGCACCAUUGACCAGGACCAAGAUUUCAAGGAUUUCCUCGAGAGCCUCACGAACCCCAUCACUAAGCCUCCUGCUGCCGAAAAUGAAGGCCAGAAGGAAAAGGUCAAGACUACGCCUCUGAUCGAAGCGCUCCGGGAGAAGAAGGCCAACCGGGACAAACCGAGCGCAAAGGGCAACAGAGGGCGUGGAGAGGCCAAGGACGAUAGUGGUGAGAAGAAGAUCCUCGCCAAGCCAGGCAAGGAGAACGCCCUCAACUCGAAUGACAAGAAUCGUCGGAUGAGCAAGGCUGACAAGGCUCAAGCAACUAAAGACGCCGUCAAGAUCCUUAACAAGGAAGCAUCGUCCUCCAAGGCAACUGCUGGGACGGCAGACAAGUCUUCUGCCAGUCCGGCACCAGAGCGCAAGCGCGGCAACGUCGCACUCGCAAAGUCCAUGUUACAGCGUGACCUUGGUGUAGGGCCUGCUCCCAACCGUCGACGCGGAACGAAGCGCGAGGUUGGUGCAGCUGCGCCCGAUGCGAACGCUCAAGCAAAGGAGACCAAAGCAGUGGAUGAAAAGGCCAAGGAAGCGCCUGUUGCGUCACCAGCUGCAUCAACUCCAGACAAGACUUCACAAACAAGCAGAAAAGAACGCCCAACCCGAGCGGAACGGCGCGCAUUCAAGGCCAAUCAGGGCGACAAAUCCAGUGACAAGGCCACUGCCAGCGAUGUGAAGCCACAGACACCACUCAAGACCCCUGCGCCUCAAAUUCUCAAGAAGCCUCAAACACCGAACCCUCCUAAAGGUCCAGCUGCCUCGCGGGUACCACCAACCGAGCCUGCUGCUGCCCGAAACAGUUCCGCUCCAACACAAUCGCACGCUGCUCCUGCCAAGACCGAGACUGCACCUGCGCAGGCACAUAACAAUGCCUCAAAAGCAGCGCCAGCCAAUCCCGUACCUGCACCUACAAGCAAGCAAGCCUUCCUCAAGCACGCCAACCCCAGCCAAGGCAUUACCGAACCCCUCAUCGAAGAAGUCAUGAAGACAUUCGGCGGCAUCGAUAAAGUGGAGAUCGACAAGCGCAAGGGCUUUGCCUACGUCGACUUUGCUGAGCCAGAGGGUUUACGCAAAGCUAUGGCUGCCAGUCCUAUCAAGAUUGCUCAAGGCGCUGUGCAGGUUCUUGAGCGUAAAGAAAAAGUUGCUAGGGGCCCAAACCCAAGGUUUAACGGACCCCCGACUGGACCUGCUCGUGGCGGUGCAAGGGGAGGCUUUGGACCGAGGGGCGGACGCGGCGGCAGAGGUGGUGCUAGAGGAGGGCAUGCUGGCCCUGUGAAUGCUGGAGGUGCUGGCGAAGCUGCUUCUAAUGCAUCUGCUGCUGCGUCGGCUUCAGCUCCGGCACCUGUUGCCAGUGCUAACGCUGCUACGUGA